CGCCAAAAAUUUUCAACGCAGCCUUGUACGCUUUUCAGUUAAAUGAAAUCUACUAUCAAAGAGGACUGUUUUGUGAAUAGGAUCUUGUAUUUCAUUGUAUUAGUGGCUACAGCGUGUCUCGAAUUGAAGUGUGGUGAUUGGCGAGCUAGUAACGAGGCGCCAAUCGACACAAGCAAAACGCCAAUCGUGUGGGUGCUCGGGGGCCCAGGGUCCGGCAAGGGCACCCAAUGCGAGAAGAUCAUCGCCAAGUAUGGCUUCACGCACCUGUCCACUGGUGACCUGCUGCGAGCUGAGGUGAAGAGCGGCUCGGAGAGGGCCAAGUGCCUCACUACUAUUAUGGAAAGAGGAGACCUCGUUCCCAACGACAUAGUGCUAGACCUGCUCCGCGAAGCUAUCGUGGCUGCGGCGGCGGAUGCCAAGGGCUUCCUGAUCGACGGCUACCCAAGGGAGAAGUCCCAGGGCAUCGCCUUUGAGAAAGCUAUUGCUCCUGUUACUGUGAUAAUCUACUUCGAGGCGUCUCCCGAGACGCUGACGCAGCGGCUGCUCGGGCGCGCCGCGAGCUCGGGCCGCGCCGAUGAUAACGCGGACACCAUCAAGCUGCGGCUGAAGACCUUCCUGGAUAACAACGACAUGGUGCUCGCGCAGUACCCGGACAAGCUCAAGAGGAUAAACGCUGAGGACUCGGUGGAAAAUAUAUUCGGCCAAGUGCAGCAGAUCUUGGACCCGCUCGUCGCGAAGUAAACGGAACUGCUCUAGUCUUGUACAUACAUAAUUAUGAUUUAAUUUAAAUUAACGGCCUCUGCUAAUAAAGUAUAUUUAAUAUUG